AGUUUUGAAACACGGCUGUUUGAAGUGCCUAAGCAAGUCAACUGGUGAAGGAAAUUACUACAUAGCCAAAAUGGUCACGGCAUUCCUUUUUGGUGUUAUGGGCGUUUUGGUUUUCCUUUUUUACUGGGCAAGACAGAAGCAGAUGAAUGUGUUUAGGCAGUUAGGCAUUCCUGGUCCAUCUCCGAACUUCCUCUUUGGAAACUUGCUGCAUUUUGUUAGAACCCCUGUGUAUCAAGCCUACUUGGAUUGGCAGCAUAAAUACGGAGACAACUUUGGAUACUUUGAAGGGCCAACUCCCAUCUUGGUAACUUCGGAUUUGGAAAUCUUGAAGCAGGUUUUUCUCACGAAAUUUAACAAAUUCAGUACACGAAAGCUGUUCCCAGUGCAGGUAGACCCAGAAAAAGAUGACGAUGUCCACAUGUUUUUUGCGCAGGGAGAACGAUGGAGGCGCCUUCGUGCCAUCAUUAAUCCGGCUUUUAGUGGUGCUAAGUUGAAAAAGUUAUCACCUCGUAUCAAUGCACAAUUAGACGUGUUGAUACAACAGAUGGACAAGUUAAAACAAACAGGCGAAUCUUUUGACAUACAACGGUUGUAUGAACGCCUAACUCUAGACGUGAUCACGAACUGUGGGUUUGGUCUGGAGGCAGAGGCACUGAAGAACCCCAAGGACCCGUUCCUGGAACGCUGUAGAGGUGUACUGGAAAGUACCACUCGAUUCUCUAUACUCUUCCUCCUCGGAUUUACCUUCCCCACGUUGCACGCUGUCUGGAUAGCCAUUUACACGUACAUUGGCAAGCUGUACGGAAACCCACUCUUCUGGCUAGAGGAUAACCUGGCCAGAGUGAUAGAGAUGCGUAAAAUACAACAAGUGAAACAGCGCGACUUAUUGCAACUGAUGUUAGAUUCGGAAUGCCAGACGGUCGGGGAGGCCAGGCGGAAUUCUCACGACAUCGGAUUAAGUAGAAUACCGGUCAGGCCUUAUGUGGCCCACGACUGUCACGACGAGGUGCCCGACAGUGUACAACUCAUGGACAAAAACCUCAACUAUUACGCCCCUAAAAAGCCUCUAAAAGUCCUCUCUUCAGAGGAAGUGAAGGCCCAGUGUCUACUGUUUUUAUUGGCUGGUUACGAGACGACAAGCACAGCGCUGUCGUACCUGACCUAUGAACUGAGCGUGAACCAGGACAUACAAAGGCGGCUCCAACACGAGGUGGAUGAUUACUUCCCGGCUCAGGAAUCUCAGCCGUGCUUCACAACUGUACAAGAGUUACCGUUCUUGGAGAUGGUUUGGUGUGAGACUCUCCGGAAGUACCCUGUGGCAGCAAAUGUUAUCGCCCGCCAGUGCUUAGAGACGUGUGUUGUGAACGGAGUCACGGUGUACAGGGACAUGCUGGUCCAGGCCAAUGUCUAUGCCGUGCACAAUAAUGAGGAGAUAUGGGGAGAGAAUACGCGCAAAUUUGAUCCGGACAGGUUUUUGCCCGAGAGGAGAAAGGGUCGCCACUGCAUGGCUUGGCUGCCAUUUGGCGCCGGAUACCGAUCCUGUAUUGGUGCUAGAUUAGCUAUCAUGGAAGCCAAAAUGGCAAUGGUUAGAAUCAUGAAAAAAUUCACCAUCGUACCCACCGAGAAAUCUCAGGUUCCCAUAAAACUUGUGGAAGGCGCAACUCUCUCACCAGAAACUGUACACGUAAAGCUGAUAGAAAGAACGAGAUGAAAGAACAAUGAAGAACAAAAGGUUUUGUGAACUGAAGCCGUCUUGGCGUCGAGAAGUGUGCCGUGUGCACUGCCAGCCGUAACGGGUUGAACUCUUCCCAGACACCUGAUCUAUACAGAUUACGUGAUGAACACGAUACAAGAAAAACAAAAUACAAUACUGGCAGCCAUAUGAUGGUCAACAGUAUAUAGAAAGGGCAAGCAAGUUGUGUGGUUUGAUUUUCCGUCCCAGAAUACAUGCGUAUGUGUUAAUCACGACUGCCUGUGGCUAUGUGGUAAUAUCUGGCAUUACAGAUAAACACAGUUAAUCUGAAUGGAUAUGUAAAUAGACUCCUUCACGUGGUUGCGCGUUCACGGUGCUAUCGGUUGAUUUUCGCUCCUCCCAAAGGGUUGACCUGUGGUACAGCUAGACUGUGAGACUGUGGAAAGGUUAUGGCUUUUCCAUGAGGACCAUACUGAAUUUUACUGACAUUCCUUAUCAGUGUUCAUCAAGGUACUAUCUAGUGCAUGUUGCUACAAAUGGUAUUUAACAAAAUGUUAAGAAACGUGUUAUUGUGUAAUAAAUGGUUAUCGUGAUACCGAUAACGAGUUCGUAAACAGGUUGUACACAGUCCGAAGUAUCCAAUCAGGACGUAAUGCUUUCAACUGAAAGACAACAUAUGUUGUCUGCAUACGUGAUCGUUUCCCGUUUACUGUCAAUAAACUCGUAUAUACUGGUAUUUAAAUAUCAACGUAUGAAACGAUCAUAAAGAAAUUAGUCGCUAUUUAAAAUACAUGGUGGUGUAAUGACACAUGGAAUUCAGUUCUAGCGCAAUUAGUACCGGUAAUUGAACAAAUGGGGAAAGAAUUUGCUGUAUCGUACAAGCGUGUAAAUUAUCCAGGCAAUCACGACUGUCUAGGUCAAUGUUCCUGAACAACUUUUGCUUGGUUCAGAUAUAAUGAUCUGAGUAAACAUCACAUGCUGUGUUAUACGUGUCGGUAAGUUACUGUGCAGAUCUACUUCCUGUAAACAAGGAAGUA